GGGACCGGGGACCGCAGCUGCGACCCCGGGGGUCGGGGCGCAUCCCUUUCCGGGGGCGGCCGUCUGGGCCGGGCGACUCCGGAGCUCCUCGGCCCGGUCCCCGGUGGCUCGCCGCGGACAGCAGCGCGGCUACGGGGCGGACCGCCGUACCCCGGUUGCGCCUGGCGGAGGAUAGCGGCGAGGGGCGCCCGCGGCCGCAGAGAGGGCCGCCGGUCGGGACGUUGACGGCACUUAACCUGGGGUGCCGCAGAGAAACGCCGUGAAUUGCGGGGGCAUCAGUACCCCGGCCAAAUUAGAAUUUAAAUCCGUUGUUUUGAGCACCAUGACGCUGAGACUUUUAGAAGACUGGUGCAGGGGGAUGGAUGUGAACCCUCGGAAGGCGCUGUUGAUUGCCGGCAUCCCCCCGACCUGCACUGUGGCGGAAAUCGAGGAGGCUCUGCGGGCUGGUUUAGCGCCCUUGGGCGAGUACUCACUGCUGGGGAGGAUGUUCCGGCGGGUGGAGAACUGGAAUGUAGCCUUAGUAGGGCUAACCGAGGAGACUAGUCAUGCUCUGGUCCCUAAGGAGAUCCCUGGAAAAGGGGGUGUCUGGAGAGUGAUCUUUAAGCCUCCGGACCCGGAUAAUGAAUUUUUAAGCAGAUUAAACGAAUUCUUAGAGGGAGAGGGUACAACACUGGGUGAGUUGACCAGAGCUCUUGGAUAUGGAAACGACCGUUCCGACCUAGACCAGGACAGGAUCCCAGAAAUACAGGCCCCUGUGUUGGCACAGGCAUUAGAUGAGGCUCUUCAGCCUGCCCUGCAAUACCUGAAAUACAAAAAGCUGAGAGUGUUCUCAGGCAGCGAUCCUCCAGAACCAGGAGAAGAAGAAUUUGAAUCUUGGCUAUUUCAUACCACUCAGAUGAUGAAGACAUGGCAGGUGUCAGAUGCAGAGAAAAGAAGGCGAUUGCUAGAGAGCCUUAGAGGCCCAGCAUUUGAUGUUAUUCGAGUCCUUAAGAUAAACAAUCCUUCCGUUACAGUCGCUGAAUGCCUGCGGGCCCUUGAGCAGGUUUUUGGGGUUAUCGACAAUCCUAGGGAAUUGCAGGUCAGAUAUCUGACCACUUAUCAGAAGGAUGAAGAAAAACUGUCCGCUUACGUGUUAAGGUUGGAGCCUUUAUUACAGAAGCUGGUAGAGAGAGGAGCAAUCGAGAAAGAUGUUGUGAAUCAGGCCCGCCUAGACCAAAUCUUUGCCGGAGCAAUCCACAGAACGCUUCGCAGGAAGCUUCCCGUGCCAAAGGACGGCCCCGCCCCUGGCUUUUUGGAAUUACUGGCACUGAUAAAGGAUGAAGAGGCAGCUGAGGAGGAGGAGGCCCUUCUGUUAAUGUUUCCUAAGUGUGUCAUAGACUAGGAAGGAUGUAGUUCUGCACUAGUAUUUAUGUAUUUAAAUUUACCCCUGUGAAUUUGCCAUAUAAAAUUGUACAGAGGGUCUGGCACCGCAUACGUAUGGUGCUCCGAGAGGACAGGCAAGGCUCAGUUGCAUGUGCUGACCGUUGAGAUGUCAGCUUCUGUGGUAACAGGUGCAAAGAUAGCAUGUUGGAUGUGAUUAUUAUAGAUUUUAGAUGUGUGUUGUCUAUUAUGAAGAUAUGAGCAGUGGUUAAGAUGCUAAGGUAUUUUCUGUUUCAAUCACAAUUUUACUGAUUCUGUGCAAUCAGAACAAGAGGCGGAAUCAAAUGCUGAGGUUGAUAAGUUUGUCAGCUGUUCCCUCGAACCCCAGAUUCCUGAUAUGUGUCGUCAGAACAUCCGUGCCGAAUGCCAUUUUAAUAGGUGUUAUAGGAUGACCUGUGUGAACUUCUAAAAUAAAGGAAUGCUGAUAAAAUGA